UCUUCUCCAGUGUGAUAACUGCUGGCACAUUGCACAACAUUUCCAAUGACUUUAAAGUGAGUGACACCUGAAAGAUCUCUUGCAACUGGGACUGCUCCAAGCCUUACUGUUACCUUAAAAAGCCAAAUCCCAGAUAGGCGUGAAGACACGUCACCUCUGGAUAGGUGAAAUGGCAUUUUUUUAUCUGCUGCCAAUGAUACUACUGGCAAUUUUUGUUCCUUCAUUCAUAUCAGCAAUCAUAAGAACAAUUUAAACUGAGUAUGCCAAUUGCAGCAUCCCUCCUGGAGUGAGCAAUCCUGGAAAACUUUGACUUAUUGUUGCUGUUUUGAUUGUUACAUCUACUCUGGGCAGGAUUUUUGAGAAGAUGGAGCUGUGCAGCAGCCUGGCCUUCAAGCGCCGCGUGUUCUCCGGGUGGCGGCCGGGCCCGGCGCGGGGGUGCGGCGGGAGGACGCGCGGCUCGGGCUGUACCGGCCCCGCGCCCCGCCGUGCUGCUCUUCCACGGCGGCGGCUGGAUCUGCGGCACUCUCGAUUCCCAGAAAGGAUCUGCCAGUACAUUGCCAAGGAAAGCAGCUCGCUGGUGGUGUCUGUGGGGUACCGUUUAGCCCCUGAGCACAAAUACCCCGCUGCAUACGAAGACUGUCUGAACGCCACCCAGCACUUCCUGCAGCACCUGGAGCACUACGGCGUGGAUCCUGCUCGGGUCAUUGUCUGCGGGGACAGUGCUGGGGGCAACCUGGCAGCUGCUGUGAGCCAGACCCUGGCAGGCAGGUCAGACUUCCCCAAACUCCGUGCUCAGAUCCUGAUCUAUCCAGGCCUUCAGGCGCUGGACUUCAAUUUGCCAUCUUAUCAACAAAAUCGGGGAGUCCCUCUGUUAUUCCGGGAACGUGCUGCUUUCUUUGCUUUGCUGUACAUACAAGGGAACACAUCAAAUCUGGAAGAGGUCUUGGAGGGCUCUCAUAUUCCUCCAGACCUGAGGCUGAAGUAUAGGAAGUGGGUGAGUCCAGACAACAUCCCUGAAAAAUUUAAGGUCAAAGGCUACAAACCGCACAAGCCCUGUGAAUUCAAGCCUGAAGUUUUUGAGAAAGUGAAGAGAUUCUCUGAGCCCAUGCUGUGCCCGCUGCUGGCUGAAGACACAAUUCUUCAGCAGCUGCCAGAAUCUUUCAUCCUGACCUGCGAGUAUGACGUGCUGAGGGAUGAUGGCUUGUUGUACAAGAAGAGGCUGGAGGACAACGGGGUUCGAGUGACCUGGUGCCACCUCGAGGAUGGAUUCCAUGGAAUCAUAAACCUAUUUGAAUAUUGUGGUUUGUCAUUUCCAUCUGGGAAAAGGGGAUUGGACAAGGCUGUUGCAUUUAUAAAAGGCCUGCAAAAAGAGCUCUCCCUCAUUAUGCUUCUCCCACUAAUGUCUCUGCUUAGGCUCCCACACCUCAGGUAGUGCUGGUCAGUAAGGAUGUGACACUUUUUGAUGUGUAAAACAUUAAUUCUGAUAUCCAUUAACUUCAGAUUAACACAUAUCUUUUCUUCAUGAGACUCCUGACAGUUCAAUCUUUACAAUUUUUCUACAUGCUGUGUUUUUUUCAAAUUGGCGUAUGAUUGAUUCCUUAUCUUAAAUUACUAAAUUAUUUAUUCCUAUAUGUUAUAAACAUAUAUUAUAGUAUUGGCUUCUCGCAAAGUAUUAAGGUAGAUAUUA